CUGGUCACACUGACCGUAUUCGUUCAGCAGUCAAAAAAAUUUUGAGUGCUAUUCCGCCAAAGCAACCAAAGUACAGAGUCAUCUAGAGAUUGAUAAAAUGGCAGAAGGCCAGGACGAACCUAAAAAGAUUACAAUUACAGUAAAAACACCAAAAGAGAAACAACAAGUUGAAAUCGAUGAAGAUUCGGAUAUCAAAAAAUUGAAGGAAGUGCUGGGCCCUAAGUUUAACGCGGAGCCGGAGCAACUAUGUCUCAUUUUCGCUGGAAAAAUUAUGAACGAUGUGGACACGCUGAAACAGCACAAUAUUAAGGAUGGGUUGACAGUUCAUCUUGUUAUCAAGACCCCUCCGAGACCGGAACCCGAGGGGGCCACAAGACGCCCACCAGCUGACAUUGGUGCUACACCAUUUGGAUUAAACUCCCUCGGUGGACUUGCUGGUCUUGAAAGCUUAGGUCUUGGUCAAAGCACUUUUAUGGAUCUUCAGGCACGCAUGCAACAAGAAUUACUAUCAAACCCAGAUAUGUUGAGACAGGUUUUAGACAACCCAUUGGUGCAACAAAUGAUGAAUGAUCCUGAAAAUAUGCGUUCACUUAUCACAUCUAACCCACAGAUGCAAGAUUUGAUGUCUAGAAAUCCAGAAAUCAGCCACAUGCUGAACAAUCCAGAGCUACUCCGUCAGACGAUGGAAUUGGCGCGAAACCCUGCCAUGCUGCAAGAACUGAUGCGGUCCCACGAUAGAGCCCUGUCCAACCUUGAGAGCAUACCUGGCGGUUACAACGCAUUGCAGCGCAUGUACCGUGAUAUCCAGGAGCCGAUGUUGAACGUGGCUAGCAGCAUGGCAGGGAAUCCAUUCUCGGGACUAGUUGACAACUCAGAUGGCACCAACCCACAGCAAGGGGCAGAAAACAGACAGCCUUUACCAAACCCCUGGAGCCGAGGAGGCUCAAACCCGAGCGCGGGCGCGGGCGGCGCGGCUGGACCUGGCCUCAUCAACACGCCGGGUAUGCAGUCGCUGCUGCAGCAAAUGUCGGAGAACCCGCGCCUCAUGCAGUCCAUGAUGUCGGCGCCCUACACCAACAACAUGCUGCAGGCCCUGGCUGCUGACCCGGAGAUGGCCUCUCAGCUCAUCAACCAGAAUCCCAUGUUCGCCAACAACCCGCAGCUGCAGGAGCAGAUCCGCACCCUGAUGCCACAGAUGAUCGCCCAGAUGCAGAACCCAGAUUUGCAACAGAUGAUGUCCAAUCCACAGGCAUUGAACGCGCUGCUGCAGAUCCAGCAGGGCAUGGAGCAGCUCCGCGCUGCUGCGCCAAACGUCGUCAACAACUUGGGCUUCGGGCCCGCCGCCGCCGCCGCCGCGCCCACGACGCCCGCGCCGCCAGCCGCCGCCACGCCGGCCGCCAACCAGCAGGCGCGCCAGCAGCAGAACACCGAGCUCUUCUCACAGUUUAUGCAACGCAUGGUAGCGGCGAUGUCAAACAACCAGACCAACACACAGCAACCGCCGGAGCAGCGCUACUCUCAGCAGCUCGAACAGCUCGCUGCUAUGGGAUUCCUCAACCGAGAAGCUAACUUGCAAGCAUUAAUCGCAACGUUCGGCGACGUGAAUGCGGCGGUGGAGAGGCUACUGGCGCUGGGGCAGCUGUCCAUGAGCUAACACCCCGCGGCGCCGACUCGCUGUUCUACCACUUGCACCGCCAUUUUGAACAUUAUUUCAAUCUUUAUAUGAACAUUCAAUUAUUAAUAUGGCGUUUACAUUUUCGAUUCUAUUUCUAUAUUUUUUUUUGUUUGACAAACUAUUGUGAUUAUUAAAUAUUGUUUGUUCAAUUGUGUUGUGCAAGUAAGUUAUUAUUAUAACAUUUAUAUUAUGUUAUUAUAGAAAGACAAAACAUUGUUUUGAAUUUUGACUCUACAUUGAUAUUCCUGUAUCAAAUGGUCUAUAAUUUAAAUAGGUUGUCUCUUAAAUUUAAUAAUUUAAAUUCAUUCCUUCUUACUUUAGGUAUUAUAUAUUUUACCUUUUAGACGUAAAUCGUUUGUAACGGUUAUAUUGACAUAUUAUUGAUAUAUGAUUUUAUUAAAUAUUUGACAUGAUUGCUAUGUUUAAAAUAAUAUAUUAUAUUAUUACCAAGGUUUUAUUGUAUGUCUUACAGUCCUAUGAGUACAUAUUUUUAGUUUUCGCAAUGUUAGGUAAAUGACGUAGUUUUAUGUAAAUAGUUUUGCUUUAGAAACAAGUGUGAUGGCAGAUAUGGAGUUAAAUUGAUGUGCUAUUGCUGUGUACAGUCAUUUUUAAUUUUCCUUACUCUACUCACUAAUGCUUGAAUAAUAAAGAAAUCAAACAUGAAACAGUAUGCAUAAUUUGAUUACUCAAUUAUAUUUAUAUUAAGAUAAGUACCAGCGACGUUAAUUUGUGUUAGUUUCUUUAAUCCUUAUUAUAAUUUCCUUAUUGCUAGUGUGUUACAUUUGGAAUUCAAUACAGAGUGCGUCUUCGAGGAAUGGAACAUAAUAUAACUGAGUGCUAUUAAAUAAAAAAUAGGCAUGGUAGGUAUUCGAUGGUUGUACAGUAAUUUUGUAAUUUUUUUUUGUUGGUGGUAGAAACUUUUAAAUAAACAAUAUUGUGCUUUAUUCUAUAAUAAUGUGUAGCAAAUUAUUUUAAGUUUAAAACAAAACCGAUAGCGGUGGCUCAGUUUUGUUAGGGGUUUCGUUAAAUUUCCAUGAAUUUAUAUAUUAUAGAAUAAUAUUAAUACAAAACACUAAUCAAUAAAGUUUGAAAACGCUUA